CAAAUUAAUUUAAAUUGUUGCCAUGUAAAAAUGCACUUUUAACUUCCAUUAUUGCCAACAGCAUAACUUAAGGUCUGAGUCGUAUAUAUUUUGAAAUUCCUGAAACUCGGGGAAAUGUCAGACCACGAGUCUGAAGACGUUUCCUCUACUUGCGACAACCCUGAGGAGGAAAAGAUCCAACUCCAGUCCGAAGAGAGCGAUCCAGAAGAUGACGAGAGCAGCUGGAAAGCGUCAUUCUGCAAGGCGCACGAAAACGACCCAAACGUCAUCGUGGCCGGUAAAUCCGAGCGAAUGCCUUCACUGGAGGGCCUGGACGCGUUGGAUCUGACCCUGGACGAUUCCCUGGACCUUUCCAACGAGUCUCGGCAAGUUACUGAUCCUGACACGUUCGAGUUCACCCUUGAGAACCCCGACUACUGGCUCAACUCUGAAGUGCCUUCCGACAUCUUCAAGACCACCGACGAGAACGUUUCGAUCGGCUCGGAGAACGCACUGGAAAUCCUGAGAGCCGCAAAAUUCAAUGAAACUUCGGGAUCAACGCAGGGCGCGGACCUCGGGCCCGGGGGUGUCGUCAGAGAGGUGCAAACCAUCGAGAGGAUCACCGUCGGCUACCAGUCACCCCCAGAGACCCCCCAAAAAAGCAAGCCGACCCUAGUGAUAAGAAAGAGCGUACGCGGCAAAAGUUGCCGCGACGAGACGAAGAGCCUGCUGGACGGUAUCGUGUCCCUGCUGGACCAGACCCUCGGCUGCCUCGACAGCUUGGUAACAGUGGCCGUGGCAGAGUAUGGAGCUGGAAUCGUCGCAGAUGCCUUGCCUAAAGUUAUGGAGUACCAGAAAGUUUUGAAAAGAAUCGAGGAGCUGGGCGUUCCAUGUAAAUCCGAGAACGGAAUAAGUGAAGAGUUGAGGAAUUUAAUGUCUAUGCAGGAUUUAGAGGGCGGAGAAACUGUCCGCAAAAUUCAAGUGUGCGAGGAGAUUAAUGUCCCAGCAUUGGCAUCAAAUCAGUCCCAGCCGAAGAAAAAAUCGAAGAAAAUGAAAGAGUGCGGUACAUACCUCCCUCGGUUCGACAAGGAGGCUCUGUGCACAACGGAACAGAGUGAUUGCAACCCUGACGAAAAUUUGGAAACACGGACAAUGCGGCCAUACGAGUGGCUGAAGGCCGAGAAGGACGAGAAGGUUGCCGAAAGCGUGAUGGAAAUGGCGCACGCAUACAAUUGUCGAAAAUCCGUGGAGACAUUCAAAUUUGUAGAGAGCCAGGAACGACAGGGAUUGAGAAGGGAACAGAGAAGGAACGGCGAGAAGGAGAGGGGAAGGAAAUUUUUUAACAAACCAGCAGAGGAUCUGAGCCGAUUACUUUGCAACACUUUCGCAGUCUGAAUCUCGUGCGGCAAUUUUUGUACAAAAUAUAUACACUCGUAAGAAAAGUGAA